CAAUUUUUAAGCGUUCAGUAUAUUAAGCAGUCUUCAAGAUAGAAGGUGCUUUAUUUUUUUUAACUUACGUCGCGAACGUUCAGCAGCUUCAAAUAAUCAUAUUGUUUUGUUAUAAUUUUGAUUCUAGUUCGUUUUUUUUCUCCUCUGUUUCUGUUUUUUUCUUUUCUUUUAAAUCGUCGUGGUUUUGUUUGAAGCUGAAAGAAACAGUGCAAAGUAUUCACACAGUGGUUUGACAACAAACCAAUUCGAAUCAAGAGACAAUUUAUUUUGUGGAGUGAAAAGUAGAAAGAAAGAGCACAGUGUUGAGAGAGAGAGAGAGAGAGAGAGAGAGAGAGUGAAGAAGCAGCAAAAAAGGAAAAGAUAUACGAAACACUCCCGACACGGACAACAUAUCAUCAAUUGUGUCCAAGAUUUUCACUGUAAGUACAGUCUACCCCUCAUGUAGUGCUGUUGUUCAUACAUCAACAAAUUAUCCAGUAAAUACUCUCUCGCGCUCUCGUGUUCACCGAUAAAAAAACAACUCAUUAAUCGAUUCUUCGACAUUUUAUGCUCAAGCCAUACACAGAUUUUGAAUUAAUGUGUGUUUGCUGUGGAGUAUACAGAACAGAAAUAAUUGACACGAAGAAUUAUUUCAUACAAGCAGUUUAUUGAUUCGGAUGUUUUUUGUUCGGACUGUGCUGAACGUGACUCUAGUACAUGUGCGCGGUGGUUCAAUGGAAUAUUUUUAAAGUUAUAAUUAUGCGGUGUGUGAAAGAAAUAAUAUGUGUGUACAAUGACAGGAGAUUUCGUUCUUGUUUUCUUUUAUUUCGUUCCAUGAAAUACGGAUAAACAGGUUUUUGUUUUACUCUCUGUGUACUGUACUGACAGCUACUUGGUCGAUGAAUUGAGAGCUGACCGAGCGCGUAUUACGCUGAGUUUUAAAGCCGGAAGCAGGCACACACAACCGAGAAUCAAAACAGCAGCAGCAGUAGCAGCAGCCACAAUAACUACAAACAAUAAACUGCAUCAACAUGAAAUACACAAACACCAACGCAAAUCCGUCUAUUGAAUGUGCGUACAAAGACGUUGUUGUCAUCGGCAACGGACCAAGUGGAAUUACAUUAUCUUAUAUGUUGGCGGGUAAUUGGCCGCAUUGGAAUCCACAAGAUAUCAACAAUCAUCCUGAUGAAUUGUUGCGCGCCCGAUUAGAAUGCGCCGACCCCAGUAAAAGUCUCGUCGAACAGGAUUUAGUACAGUUGGCCGAAGGUCUUGAGGGUCGUAGCACAAAUCCCGUGUCAUUGUUGUUAGACAGUUUACAAAAUCCAUGUGCUGAUAUAGGACUCGAAGUGCCAUCAAUGCUUUGCUACCGUUAUCAACCAGAUAAAGAAAUUGACCACGUUGUACUGGGUACAGGAGCACCGGGUGGUUCAUGGCAUAAAAUGGAUCCAAAUCUACGAACGUUGUCAUUAGCGGCAUGGAUGUCAUUGCCAGGUUUAGACUUUAAUACGUGGAAUGCAAAACGUCAAUUGGACGCAGCCAAUGAAAAGGAAACGGCCACAGAGAUAAAACAACUGAAAAAGAAACCAAAUUGUAAUAAUAAAAUAUGCGAGAACAAUUGGUGGCGAUGCUUUAGUAGCAAUCGCAACAAUAAUACAACGCAACUCAUUUGCGAGAAGAAUGAAGUCUAUCCCAAUACAAAAUCACAACCAAAAGCCGAACUCAAUGAUAUAGAAGUUAAAUUAAACAAUGAUAAUACAACGGUUAGCACUGAACUUGUACGAACGCCGGUGCCACGGCGAGUACUUUCCGUACGAAGACAAGUGUCACGCGAAGUUCAAACCAGAGCAUUGGUCUCUGAUGUAGCCCAAUACUAUGAAAAUUAUGUGAAAGAAAUGAAUUUGGAACGAUACUUUCAUAAUAACACACUUGUGACUUGUGUUAAACCAAUUUUAAGCUCAACCAACAAACACGUACGAUGGCUUGUCAGGGGCAUUCAAGCGAAUGGUACACUCUUUGCCUAUACAUGCCACAAUGUCGUUCUUGCCAACGGUGCAUCCGAUUUGGCCAAUCGACUGGGCGUCAGCGGAGAAGGCUCAAACGAAUGGGUUAAACAUGAUUUACCUGCACUGCUAUCAGUACUCGAACAAAUUCCCGACGUCGAACGACCAAAAUUGAAGCCGGUGUUAGUGGUGGGUGCAGGUUUGAGUGCUGCAGAUGCGGUGACAAUAUGCAAAUCGUCUGGCAUCAAUGUGAUUCAUGUUUAUCGCAAUCGAUCGGCUGGUCUUGACAAGAUGCUACCUGAAACCGUUUACCCGGAAUAUCAUGAGGUGCACAAAAUGAUGAAAGACAGUGUAAAUACGUACGAUUUAUAUGCACCAAUGCCGGAGCAUACGAUCAUCGAAUUUAUUCCGGGUGGUGCGGACAGUUUAACGCCGUGCCAUAAAGUGGUGCUCAAACAAUUGAAUACGGGUGAAAUAACAACGGUCGAAGUAUCGUAUUGUGCGAUAUUGAUUGGUUUUCGACCGGAUUUGCAGUUCUUAGAUCCGAAUACUAAGCAAGACGAUAUCAAAACAAUCGAAUACGAAUCGUGCAAUGAAUCAAACUACAUAUUAAAAGACAGUCUGUUGUCACCGUACAUAUUGCUCAGCCGUAAAAUAGCCUGGCUGAAGAAUUUGUGCGCAAAAUGCAAGCACUUGAGUAUCUGUGAACGUAGUCGCAAAUACAAUGCGGCCGUGCAUCGUCGGCCGAUUCACUGCACUUGCACAAAUGAUUCCCAAAUCAAGCAGAAUAUCAAAGCCCAUAAUGACAAUAACAACAAUAACAACAAUAAUAACAAUGUAAAUAGUAAUUGUGAUAAUCAGCUGAAGGAUGGUCAAGUGGAGAAAAAGUUAUGUGGUGUUGUGGUGGCGGAGUCAAAGUCAACGGUGCUAUCUGGUGGUUUGGGUGAAGAUUCAACAAAACCCGUGGAUUGUAAAACCAAUCCAAUGGCCGUAGACAAGUAUACCAAUGAAGUGUUGCAUGUAGCAAUGAAGGGCCUGUUUGCAAUGGGCCCAUUGGUUGGUGAUAAUUUCAUUCGAUUUAUUCCGGGUGGAGCGCUUGCCAUCACAGCGGCGCUGUGGAAACAACGAUGACCCAGCACAAUAAUUCCACCAAAUUGACACACGGUGACAACACAAACAUAUACACACACCCAGCUCUGUCUUCUCUACUAUGAGGAAAGUGAUUAAAACUUCAGGAGUGAAACUGCCUUAAAUAUUUGCCAAUUACAAAACAAUUUAAUGGAGCAAACUAACUCAUUCCAACACACAGAGUUCAGACGGAGAGUCGAAGAGACGGAAAGACGGAGAGACGGAGUUCGUUUAUGUCUGAAGGCUGUACAUUUAUCUUGAGUGGACAACGCGACAAAAGAAACUCUAUUGUUGACUUACUUAGUGGUACAGCUAAAGCUCUUAUUUCCAUUCUUAAUUAACCAAUUGUAUAAAAGAGAUAACUUCCGCAAUGCGAAGUUUUUUUUAAUUGUUUAUUUUAACUAUGUCAUUUUUUUUUUAAAUUGAGUCAUAUCACAGAACGAAAACAGCAGUUGCUAGUUCGAUCAGCGAUAAAAUUUUUUAAAUAAUUUAUUUUUUUUAUUUUGAAUAUAUAACCUUUUUUUUGGGAUCUAAAUGUUAGUUCCGUUUAUUUUUGUAUAUUUCGAUUUAAAUGUGUAAAAAUUGCGAGAAUGUAUAAAAUUUUUAAAUGAAUCAACCAUUUGGCUUGUGAUAUGUUUAAGUUAAAGCCAAACAAUCAAUGGACAUUGUUUUGAGUGCCCUUUUUUUUCUAGGAAAAAGAUAAUUGAAAUUGAAUAUCAAAGAAAAUGAAUCUAAAAUGGCCCAAAAUCAAAAGAAAAAUUAAAUGAAAUUUGUUUUAAAUACCUUUGAUAAGAACGAAAUAAAUGAUAACUUUCAAAUCAUCACCUAGAAA